AUGAAAUUAUCAGUACUUUCAACAUUAGCUAUUGCUUCAUUAAGUGCAGUUGAUGCAUUAACUAUUCAAAAUCCAUUUAAUUUACAACAACCUUUAAAUUUAGAUUUUGAUAAAUAUACUUCACAAUUAUCACAUUUAUUAUUUGAUGAAAAUAAACAAAAUGAAUUUUUCACUAAAGUUUCUAAAUUAUUUAAUGAACCAUUAGAUACUUUAACUUCAGAAACUAAACAAAUUUGGUCAGAUAUGAUUUUAAAUUCAAAAAAAUUUGCAGAUUUAAAAUUUACAACUCCAGGUAUUCCAAAAUCUUCAAUUGUAAAACAACAGUUUGAUUUUCAUGUAUCACAAGAUAACAUUCCAAAUCAUAAAUUAAGAGUUAAAUCUACACCAGAAGAUUUAGGAGUUGAUUCAGUAAAACAAUAUUCAGGUUAUUUAGAUGUUGAAGAUGAAGAUAAACAUUUCUUUUUUUGGGCAUUUGAAAGUAGAAAUGAUCCAAAAACUGAUCCAGUCAUUUUAUGGUUAAAUGGUGGUCCAGGUUGUUCUUCAACAACUGGGUUAUUUUUUGAAUUAGGUCCUUCAUCAAUUGAUGAAAGUUUAAAACCAGUUUAUAAUCCAUAUUCAUGGAAUAAUAAUGCUACUGUUAUCUUUUUAGAUCAACCAAUAAAUGUUGGUUAUUCAUAUUCUUCACAAUCUGUUUCAAAUACAGUUGCUGCUGGUAAAGAUGUUUAUGCAUUUUUAGAAUUAUUCUUCAAACAAUUCCCACAAUUUUUAAAAAAUGAUUUUCAUAUUGCUGGUGAAUCUUAUGCUGGUCAUUAUAUUCCAGUUUUUGCAAGUGAAAUAUUAAGUCAUCCAGAAAGAUCUUUUAAUUUAUCAUCUGUUUUAAUUGGUAAUGGUUUAACUGAUCCUUUAACUCAAUAUGAAUAUUAUCAACCAAUGGCUUGUGGUAAAGGUGGUUAUGAAAGUGUAUUAGAAGAAGAUCAAUGUCAAUCAAUGAGUGAUUCUAUUCCAAGAUGUCAAUCAUUAAUUGAAAAUUGUUAUGAAUCAGAAUCUGUUUGGUCUUGUGUUCCAGCUACUAUUUAUUGUAAUAAUGCUCAAAUGGGUCCUUAUCAACAAACUGGUAGAAAUGUUUAUGAUAUAAGAACAAUGUGUGAAGGUUCUAAUUUAUGUUAUGUUGGUUUAGAAUAUAUUGAUUCAUAUAUGAAUAAACCAGAAGUCAUGAAAGCUUUAGGAGCUGAAGUAUCAAGUUAUGAAUCAUGUAAUUUUGAUGUAAAUAGAAACUUUAUGUUUGCAGGUGACUGGAUGAAACCAUAUUUCAAAAAUGUUAUUGAUUUAUUACAAAAAGAUUUACCCGUAUUAAUUUAUGCUGGUGAUAAAGAUUUCAUUUGUAAUUGGUUAGGUAAUGAAGCAUGGACCAAUAAAUUAGAAUGGUCAGGAUCAAAAGGUUUUUCUAAAUCCCCAGUAAAACAAUGGAAAGUUGAUGGUAAUCAUGCUGGAGAUGUUAAAAAUUUUGAACAUUUUACAUUCUUAAGAGUUUUUGAAGCUGGUCAUAUGGUUCCUUAUGAUCAACCUAAAAAUUCAUUAGAUAUGGUAAAUAGAUGGAUUGCUGGUGAUCGUAAAUUUUAA